AGUUAAUUGGAUACUGUCUACUCUACUGUCUACUAUCUACGAUCUCUGCGUUUGUAGCACCCUCACCGCACACCUCACUCCGCCUUUUUUAUAGGAGUAACAGUCGAGUAUGGAGAAAACAUCCAUGCUACAGUAUACAAGGCAUUUUUCAACACUUUUCAACUAUAAAGUCAAAGCCAUACUCCCUAUAGAAAAGUAUAUAGAUUGUCAAUUGAGUAACUAUAGUGAGUAGAAAGAUAUGUCAUUCUGGGAUAAUAAUAAGGACUCAUUUAAAGCGGCAGGAAUUGCCACUGUUAAGGGUGUUGGUCGAGGAGCUAAAGCCGUAGGUAAAGGAGGUUAUCAAAUGUAUAAGAAUAGAGAUGGUAAAAGUUCAGGUUCAACUUCAAAGGAGGGUGAAGCAGAAGAAGGAGAAGGAGGUCAACAAUUUGUGGCUGCUCCUUUACCAAAGGCUACUCCAGAUCAAUUGAAAACUCUUCCACCUCCACCCAAAAGGAAUGUAGGAGCUUAUGUUCCAGCAGAGAGAAAGUAUCCUUCCCCACCACCCCAGCAACAGCAGUAUAAUCAACAGCAGUAUCAGCAAUUUCCUCAACAGCAACAACAGCAGCAGCAGCAGCAGUAUGAGCCCCAACAGUAUCAACCACCUCAACAACCUCAACAACCACAGUAUCAGCAACCACCACAAUCCCAAUACCAACAGCAACCUCCUCAGCCUCCUCAAUACCAGCAAGUAGAACAACCACAACAGCAGUAUCAGCAACAGCAAUACCAGCAACAAUCUCAACCCCAGCAACAGUAUCAGCAACAACCACAACCCCCUCAACAACCUCAAUUUCAACAACAACCUCAAUUUCAACAACAACCUCAAUUUCAACCACAGCAACAAUUCCAACAACCACAGCAACAACCCCCUCAACAACCUCCUCAAUACCAACAACCUAUCCAACAAAACACUUCACAACAAAGCUAUUCACAGCCAAAUUAUGGAACUCAGCAACAAGCAGGAUAUGGACAGCAGGCACCAAACUUCCAAGAUCAAAACCAAUCCCAGAAUUCACAACCACCUCAGAUACCUCAACAACAAACGCAGCCACAAGCCCCACAAGCUCCACAAGCUCAGCUCUCAUUCCAAGAUCAAUUACAACAAUCACUCCUGCUGGCUAUUCUGCUGGGAGUUCAGCAAGGUGUGAAGCUGGCAGCUAGUGAUGCUAUUCAUCAACAUUUCCCAUCUCACCAGCAACAGCAACAGCAACCACCACCACAACAGCAGUAUCAGCAACAGCAACAGCAACCUACUCUACCACCAGCACCACAACAACAGCAGGGUAUUCCACCUCCUCCAGCAAGAUAUGAUUCUAAUCUGAUCCCUCUUUCUGCUCCUAAUGCAAGCACAAGUACAUUAACUUAUGAUUCUCCUUAUCACAAACCUCCAGUAAUUGAACAACCAGUCAACAAUGGAGCAUAUAAUCAAGCACAAGUUCCUAAUCCAAUCCCACCGGUUGCCCCAGCCCAGGUUGGAUUACCAUAUAAUCAACAACCUGCUGGUCAACCUGCCCCUCUCGCCCCUGUUGAAGAACCAAGAAAGUAUAAUUUUGGAAUCAGAAUGGAACUGGAAGAAGCUCCACCUAAACCAAAAACUCCACUUCCUGAUCCAACAUCAUUUGCUCCACCUCCUGUUCAUAAAGGUAGAGGGUCAGGGGGUAAUACUCCUGAACCAUCUAGAGUUGUGCCUAAUCAACCAACUUCUACUGGUCCAUCAUCCACUGGUCCAACUUAUUCGGGUCCAAAACCAACCAGUUCUGAACCUCCUUCAUUACCUACUAGAACCAAUCUUAUGGACUUUGAUGUGAAUAAAUUUGGUCCACCACCUCCAAAGAUAUAUAGGGGCCCUAAUGAUGCUGUACAACCUCCACGUUCAGCUCAUAUACCUCCUACUCCACCAAGAUCAACAUCUUCAAUUCCUCCACUUCCCACAAGAAAUUCAGCUUUACAAACUCCCACCCAUCCAGUGGAUCUGAACAGAGUAGAAAAUAAACCAAUUUCUUCAUUUCUUCCCCCUCCCAAGAUUCAUAGAGGUAAUACUGCAGGAAGCGAAGAUCAAUUACAAGCUAUUGAAUCUGAAAAAGUUCGUAAAGGUCCUCCGCCUAAGCCAAAGAAAUUAUCUACUAAAGUUGAAGAUGAAAGUGAUGAAGUUGAACCUCCAAUGCCUCCUAGACCAGAUGAUGUAGGAAUAGAAUUGAGUUCAAAGAAAGCUCCUCCUCCUAAACCUGUUAGGAAACCUUCAACUUUUUCUAGUCUUGGUCCUCCACCUCCAUACGCAGAACUUGCAGAGGAACAACAUGUUCAACAGCCAGUCUCAAGCAACAUUCAACCAAAUUUUGCAGCUCAGAUUGCAGAAAGGUUUGCUCAAACAUCAAUAAAUGAACCUGAAGUUGCACCAAUACCAAAGCCUAAAAAGGUCCCACCACCAGUGAAACAUAAACCGGCACCAGUUCCAACACCAGUUCAAGCACCAGUUCAAUCACCAGUUAGCGCUGAACCUGAACAAAUUGACUUUAGACAACUUUUAAAUAAACAGUUGCAGAAGGGUCCUGGUCUGAACCCAACUUCAACUAGUGUUCAUGAGGUUACAAAACCCAAGCCAGAAAUUCCUCAUAAACCUAAACCUCCAAUUCCUCAUAAACCUAAAUUAGAUGUAAAUCCACCAAUCAGAACUGAACAUGCUGAACCGGAACCUGUUCCUACUACAGUAAAUGCAAAUGCAAAUGCAAAUGCAAUUCCUCCACCUCCACCUGCAAGAAAUUAUUCUAGAUCACCAGCUAUGAUUCCACCUCCACCAGUGCGUACUGGUCCACCUAAUCUUAAUUUAGAAUUAGAAUCAGGAUGGUUUGCUAAUACAUCAGGGCCAUUACAAUUACCAAAAGAUUUACUGGGAUUAAAUUAUUCUACUUCAUAUCAAAAUUCUACCUUAGGAAAUAUAACUAACUAUGAGCGUAAAUUUAAUUUUAGAUUAAAAGAUUUAUCAAUUAUUAGAUAUAAAUUUGUGUGGACAAAUACUAAUGUUAGAAAUCCUCAAGUUGAAAUUACAGAAUUUAUACCUUCACCAAUUGAUAGUAAGAUUCCAAGUAAGAAUGAAUUAAUUGGUUAUAGUGAGAAAUAUGGUGAACAUAUUAGUGCAUGGUGUCAACAUCAUUAUGGUCAACAAAUUGGAUCUGGUGAAUGUUGGGAUCUUGCUAAGGAAGCUUUACUUAAAGGAUGUGGGAAACAUGCAUUUGUUUCUGAAUAUUAUCAUCAUGGAUAUCCUAUAUUACAAAUAGAAGGUAUUAAUGGAUCAGUAUCAUUAGUCAGUGGUACUCAACAAUUAGAUGAAGUUAGAAAGGGAGAUAUUUUACAAUUUAAAUCAUGUCGAUUUGAGAAUUCUGUAAGUCAUAGAACUCAAACAGUUGGAGCUCCUGAUCAUACUUCAGUGGUAUUAAAUAAUAAUAAUGGAAUCAUUAAAGUAGCCGAACAAAAUGUUAAUGGAGUUAGAACAGUCAUGGAUGGUGAAUAUAUCUUAAAGGAUUUAGUUCAAGGUAGUGUAACUGUUUAUAGACCAAUUGAUGCAAAUUGGGCCGGACAUUUAUAGGUGCAAAGAGACAUUUUGUUUUUUCUGGAACAAUGUCGCACAAGACCACUUCCAUUUCGAUGCCGCUGAGGUGCCUUAGUAAAAUAAAAAAAAAAUAAAAAAAUAUAUAGACAAAUUGAUUAUGUACAAUACUAAAAUAUUUCACAACCAUUAAUAAA